AUGCCCUGGAAGCCACUCCUUAUGCCAAGUGGCUUGACUCCCCGCGGUCUCGACGACAACGACGACCUUGACUUGGACAUCCGAGCUUCCAAGCAACGUGAACAUGCGAGCCAUGUGUUCAAGUACCUCCAUCCAUCCUUGGUCCACGCAAAGGUCCAGUCGGUCGAUGAUGAUACCAAGACCAUCGCAGAGUCUGCCUUGCAGCAGAAAUACAUCGAUCUCCUGGAGAAGCGAAUCAGUCAGUUGGAGUUGGCUGUGAACGAGACAGCCUCGAAGACGACCGAAGACAGCAAGGAUGACACGAAGUGGACGUACGUAGUUGCUCUCCGAGAAUGGGACAACUCGACGGCAUCGUACAAGGACAAGAACGUAGCAGAAAGUCUACUGAAGAAGGAACAGCUCAAAGAUGUGGCCUACGUGUACCGCCGCGUUGUCUAUGGCACUUAUUCUGGUGAGAAGAGGGCGUAUAGUGAAAUUGAGCUGGAGGACCCGAAGCUAGUCCAGCUAUUGAAGAGCGAGAUUGACAACAAAUAUCCGGGAGUCAACUUCGAUGGCAACACAGUCUAUAUGCAGGCUCCUUUCCCAGCAAUCAUACACAACUGGGACAAGCUUCGCAAGCGGACAGAACGUGAACCGGAUUCUCAAGCAUGCAAGGAUCUCACGCAUCUGCUCGACCGGAUCGAAACCGCAGAUGAACUCGAAGACUACUUCAAGGCUCGAGAAGCAAACAUGAGCAGCAAGGUCACAACCUUCGAAACCCUCUGGACGUUAUUUCCGCCAAAGGCCCUUGUGGUUGUCAAGCCUUUCAACGGAGUAGCACAACUCUUGCAGGUUUCCAGCCCGCCAAUUCCAUUCCCCAAGGCGCCCAUCAAGAACAUCUAG